AUGGGUCGCCAGUGCGAGGCUUUGCAAGCCUGGAUCGACUAUCUGACCUUUCAGCUCACCACAAUGACCAAGGAGGAGCAGAACAAGAAGCUUGGUGGAUACAUCGCCCUGCUCAAGGUUUCGGCCACCAAGACGGUGGAGUAUUGUGCCCGAGAGGCUCUGCAGGUCUUUGGCGGUGCUGGCUACACCCGCACCGGCCAGGGCGAGAAGGUGGAGCGUGUGUACCGAGAGGUGAAAGCCUGGGCCAUUCCAGGUGGAAGCGAGGAGAUUAUGCUCAACCUGGCCGCCGGCAGCCUUCGCUUCGUGAAGAGGCCCACGCCGGAUCCAAGGGACGCGACGAUCAAGAAGCUGAAGGAGGAGUUGGAGGGGCUCAAGAAGUCCGGCGCUGGCCAAGCACGGUUGUAA